AUGACCAGUUUGUAUGGACCGGGGUCUUCCGACGGAAGCCAGACGAGUAUUGGCAGCAAGAAGAACGAUAAUCCAGCGUGGUUCAAGAAAACAACCAAAAGAACCAUCCCCAAUCAUUUAGUACCGAAGAGGAAGACGGGAUUCCAAUUGGCCCCCUCCAGCAAUGAAAACGCAUCAAAGUCCACUGUCGGACCCGGAAACUCAGGAGAUACCAACCCCAUGAGUUGGUUGCUGUUCAAUUCCCAGCAUCGGAACAGCAUUGUUGACGAUAACAAGAGCACACUCGAAGACUCCAGCAGUUUAAUGGUUGACGAGUCUCCGUUUCUUGGGAGUGGACCUGAUUUGCCUCCCAAGAGGUCCCUUUAUGAUUUAGACGAUGAGGUUCUACUUGCUUUGAAUAAGCCAGCUCAACAUGUUGACUCUUUCAUCAACAAGGACCCGAAGAACUUCACCAAUGUGUUCAACAAGUCGGCUGCUCACGUGACCAGUGGUGACUCCGAGAAUGGAAAGGACAAGAACGAGUUGCUUGAUGGAGAUCUGGCGGUCUUAGUGUUUGGAUACCCUGAUUUCAUGGUUACUCAAGUUAUCCAGCGAUUUGAAGAGUUUGGGAAUGUUCUAGAACCUUUUGAUACCAAAUACACUUUAAAUAAGUUGGUGCUCACACUGAAUAUAUUGCUGCUGGUAGAACUGGGGCAUAAAUAUAAGAACGUACCUAUAUUAGCGGGCGAAGGGUGGAUCAAAAUCACAUAUGAUAAUCCUAUUAGUGCCAUUGAUGCUUUACAAAUGAAUGGGAAAGUGUUUAAUGGCAGUUUAUUGGGAGUAGCACCAUACUCCAAAGAGUCAAUUGAACAGUUACAGAGUAGAAAGUUGACUAUAGAUGAAGAUAUUGGGGGGAAAGGAGGCGAAUAUUCUUCACUUUUCUCAAAUACCAAUGCCAUUGCUAAGGAACCUCCAAAGAGAUUCAAUUUAGAUGAGGAAAAGAGUGGUGCAUCUGUGACUGCUUCUGCCUCUUCUUCAACAAGAUUAGACAUUAAAGAUGGGUCUUCGUUAUUCUUGCAGUCCCAAGAAGAUAAAGCAAAGGAAGAAGAGAAGAAAAAGAAUGAAAAAUUGGGCAUGGUUGGUACCAUUUUCCGGGCAUUAUUUGGAUUCCAUGAGCUUUGA